UGAAGAUUUUCCAACAUUGGAAAGAAAUCCGCGGGUCCGCUGUGAAGUUUUUGAGUUAACGACGGUCAUGGAACGAAUUCAACGUGUAUCCGGAGGCAGCGCUGUACCGUACGCGUGAAUGGAUUGAUGAUCGAUAUCAAGGCUCGAAGAGUCGACUUUUCUAGCUCGAGGUGGACCGAUCGCUAAUGUCGUGUUAUUGCCAUCUCGUCGUCGAAUUUUAGAAAUCGCCCGUCUGCCGCGAUGGCAAAUCCGCCGGAGCGCAGCGCUCCGUGAGCUUUCGAGGCGAUGCGGUCAAGCGCGAUACGUCUCCGCGGGUGCCGAAGUACGGGAAACGAGUGUGCGCUUGUUCCCGAAUCACGAACUAUCCAGGUCGGCCGUAGAACAAUCCCUCUUUCGUCAUCGCGGCGUUGCUCGCCGGUCCGCAUGUCGUCGGAAGGCGAGGAAAGAAGGAGACUCCUCUCGGCCCCCCCCCUCACCGCCCGGAUGGCGUUGCGGCCACUGAGGCGUGUGUGUUGUGUGUUGUGGUUUCCUGUCAAGCUGUGAACAAGAAACUCACUUUUACACGCUGACAUUAAAAGCCACACGCUAGAAAAACACUGACUUUUAUUUUUAGACCGGCUGCGAGUGUGUGUGUGUGUGUGUGUGUGUGUGCUGUCCAGCUGUUGUUGGCGCGACGUCUUAAUUAUGAGCAAGCGGCGGCGUGCAGACGGGGAUUUUCGUUGUCCCCCCAAAACCACCAGCGGUCCUGCCAGAACCUCACGACACGCCCACCUCGCACAUGUGCCGCUUUCUUCUUUGUCGUCUUGUUGUUGUUAAAUUGUCACUUUUGAACCACGGCAACAAUUAGGGUCCGGAUGAGCAACGCAUGCUAACCCUUCCGCUGGCUACAAGGCUAUGCUAGCAUUGACACUCUAAGAUAGCUUUCGCAUUCAACUUCUCAUGUGACAGAAUUCUACUUCCUGUUUAGCAGUCUUGAACUUCCUGUUUGGCAUUGCGGUGAGCAGCAGCGGGGUGAUUUGAUGUUUGCGUUGUCGUGGAAACGAGUGCAGAAACUAUUUUUAACAGCGUGGAAAACAAUUUGUCGCGUCUGGUAUUAGCACGCUACGGUAGCAUUCUUACAUUGGCCUGACAAGAAUCGUAAAGCCGCACGAGCCCCGCCCCCUUACUCUGCUGUUUCAUUGGCUCAUUUGACGACGGCCGACCGCCUCAUCCGUUCGUUUUCCUUUUUUGAAUCCCUCUUUCAAAUGUUUCGAUGGGUUUUGAUGCCGCUCGCAACUUCCCGUUUACAUUCGCCACUUAGCCGCAGUUAGCUUAGCGACCACCUAUGAGCACACAUGGCUCAUGCGUGCGUGCGUGUGUGUGUGUGUGUGUGUGUACUCACCUCUUUUUUUUUUUCCGUCUGUCUGUGUGAACGCACGAACACGCUCGCAGAUUCUGCAUGCCUACCUUAUUCUACCCAAUUUAUACUCGACUGUGUUUUUUGUACCGUACUUUCUGGUAAUUAGCCGUAAGUGCCGGACUUCACCAUAUUGGAUUGUGUCGGUUGUACUUUCAUGGACUCGGUCGGUCGUAGGUUUCGCUCUCUUUCCAAAGAAAGAGAGCUCCCGACUCAUCGGGACGCGCAAGCAGCGGCGGCGGCGUUGAGCCAGCGCCAUGUUUGUCGAGCGCGAAGGUCAGCAGAAGACGCGAAGGCCAUUUGCCAUCACGACGACACAAGCGCGGUUUCAUCCGCCCGAAGCUCAAGGUCGACCUCGUCCUCGUCCGCCGUCUGAUACUCGCCGGACUUUCCGCGCCACGCGUCACAAACGAGCUUUUUGAGGCCGCCGUGACGUCUGCACGUGAAAUUAUUCAGCGCGUGAAUGAGGCCAGUGUGCAGGAGAACCGGGGGGGGGCGUGACAUCGCCACGGCCACAAACUCACACCUGGUCAUGCUAAUGCUAAUGCUAAGUGUGGGCGGGCCUGAAACAAGCGGAGGCGAGGCAAGAAGUUCAAGUCGCAAACACGCCAGUCACAUGUUGGAUUGACGGCACCCGCCGUCACCCUUUGGUGCUCCGCGGUGAGUUCGUCCGCUGCCCUCUAUUGGAGAGAAGGCGCGGGCGUAACCUUGCGCGACUUCUUGGGUGACGGGAAUGUGACGCCAUAAGAGUGUUUGCGGAGCGCGGGAAGUCACAAUGUCCUCCCGCGUUCCACGUCGCCCGUGUCAAUGUUGACCCAAAUUGUCGCGGGGGUCGACGGCGGGGCAAAACCCAAACGCGACGAUCGUUGGAAUCGCCCGGGAAGCACGCCCGCUUCGUUUGGACUCGAGUCACGAGAAGUCGACGUCGGCCGCUCGCGCUUUCGUUUGCGGUCCAAAGAGCAAAAAAAAAAACAAGCCUACUCGCUUGGCGCCGCGCGCACGCACCCCGAGAAACGCGACACCCGGCCUGCGCCAACCUCCUUCGCACCGACGGGUGCGCGUGCAUGCGGACGUGCGGGGGGGACACGCGCGCACGCUCAUUAUUUAAUUCACAGGCUCUCACACGCAAAAUCCUACUCGCGCACACACGUCUCUCACAUGCACACGCACACAUAAUCGGACUCACACACUCCCAAAAACAUUCACACACUUAUUACCACACACACGCCUGUCACACAAUCAUACACAACACAAACACACACACACACACACACACUAGCCGCAGAGCGCCAAGACGCUCUGCGGCCUUGAGAAGUUUCCACAGUUCUGGAAGCCGUCGGCGAGGCUGCGGCGCGCGGAUCCUUUGAGCGUCUCCCUGGCGAACCGCAACACUUCGCUUGUUAGCGCUCCGCGACUCUUAGCAUAUUAGCGUGCCACACGCUCGUUAGCCAGCGAUCGGCGCGUCGCGACGACCUCGAUUGACGCGGCGGACGAGGAAGACGUCGUUUGCGCGUGUACUCUGUGUGACCUUCCGGAAUAUUCCAGGCCACAAGCGGCUUCCGAUGUCCCAGUGCGGAGUCGUCGGCGACCGGGAGGCUUUCCCGCCUCGUUCGCUCGACUCCGUUCACGGAAGUCGGCGUCGUCUCCUGCCAAACCGAAGCGCUCCGGCGCGUCUUCGCCGCGACUCCCUUUCUCGCGAUUCCCCGUCCUUCCGUCCGGCGGUGACGUCACGCGUUAGCGAGCUAGCCGGCACGCACGAGCCCGAUUGCGUGCGUUUGCGACCGCGGCGCCGUGAUAACGCUGACUCGGCGGGAGGACGCCAUCUUAGUGGCGCGAGCGUGUGUGUGUACUGUACGCGUGUGUGCUGAUGAAGCGGCAAGAAGGGUUCUUUUUCCACGCUGCUAAAAAUAGAUCCUUCAAAGAGCAGACCGGUCGGAUUAAGCGUCUGCGCUCGUUUCCGUGACGACGCAAACACAUCAAAUCUCCUCCAUGCGGCUCGCCGCAACGCUGAACAGGAAAUCGAAGUCCGGGAAACGGGAAGUUCGACUCUGUCGCGCGGGAAGUUGAUCGGAAGCGAAGCGCGGCAUGUAAACAUCGAGUGCGUUUGAUGGCGGCUUGGAGGAAGAUGCAAAUGGUGAUUUCCUUGAGGAGGGCGAUACGAUACGGCGGGCGCCGGGGGCGGGAUGUCCGUCGGCGCAGCUUGAGUGGUUCGCUCGUCGGCGGACGUUCACAUCGCAUCGCCGUUAAUAAGCAACGUUAGCGGCGUGAGCGUCGGGUUUGUGUUGGGGAGUGACAAAGUCGACGCUGCCGGACGAGCGCAUGGCGGUCGGCGACCCUUCGCGUCGCUUCGGAAAGGUUUAUUGUUUGGGAAGAGCAAAGAUGCGCUUCAUUCCCAAAUAACCAGCGAUGUUUUUCACACGCUCUUUUUCAGGGAACCGAGAAAAGUCGUCGAAUGUCGUGAAGAUGUCGUGCUCGGGCAACGGGUCAGCCCUGUGUGCGUGUGCGUGUGCGCGUGCGUGUGUGUGUGUCCCGUCCGGUUCGGCGGUCUCUGAACAAGUUGACGCCGACUUUGAGCACGCGGAACGUCAGCGAUGACGCGUCCGUCCUCAUCGGCAGGAGGUCGGGUCGGCGUGGCAACGUCUGCGACACGGCCCGCCCUCCCCUCCGCCAGGGCCCGCCCCUCGAGGCCGGCCGGCCGUCUCCCGCUGAUCCGCGCUCGCCGCAUUCCCGCAACAUCUGGAAACGCGCGUGCAGCGCUCCUCGGCUUGACACGCAACGACAAGAAGAACAUCAUCCUCAUCAUCCUCCUCAUCCUCAUCUUCUUCUUCUUGGAUCCGCUCCCUGACUUUCCUCCUCGGAACAUUUUUGUUUCUAAUUGUGCCAAACAAGCGCGGAACGCAAGUUUCCCACGGAGAGCUCGGCUCCCUCGCAGGCGCUCUCGUCGGCCGAAGCGCCUCGAUCUCCCGCGGUGACGAUGUCGCGCGGCGUCCGCGGCUUCUUCCUGGCUUUCUUCCUGCUCUGCUCGCCCGCCGCCGACUGGGCCGGACCCGCGGACGGGCCGCCCGCCGCGGACCGCGCGGGUGCCAGAAUGAGACGCUCGGUGACGCACGCCCAGCUGAUGCACGACAAAGGCCGCACGCUGCAGGACUUCAAGCGCCGCGUGUGGCUGCAGGAACUCCUGGACGAGGUCCACACGGCCGAGAUCCGACAGCUCCCGCUCGGGACCCCCCCGGCGCCCGCGGGUGACCGCUUCCCGCCGCUCUCCAAACGACCGGCGAUAGGCAAGAACUUUGCGCCCCAGCGGGAGGCCGCCGAGCCGCCGCAGGAAACCGACAAGACGCUCGGGGACGGAAAGCGCCGCAAGAAAGGCCGCUCGGGAAAGAGGAAGGACGGCGGCGAGAGGAAGAGGAGGCCCCGCUCGGCGGCGGGGCGCUGAACGCGGGAGCCCGCGGAGAGCAAAGGAAACUCCUGAACAGUCGUCUUCCUGUUUGGAAAGAAAAGAAAAGAUCGAUAUUUAUUGUGUAAAUAGAAACCGAUAGAGUAGAACAUGACAUGAAAAAGACGUUGUUUUUUUCAUUCCAACAUGUGUUGUAAUUUAUUUGGGUUGAAUGUUGUAUUUAUUGGAUUAGUUUUUUCUACCAUCAAGCACUUUACACCAACGAACAAGAACACUUUUUGUUUUGUUUUUGUGUCCUGAACUAAAAGGCCACCUUCUGUCAAUGACGCCCUCUGGUGGCUGCUGUUGGCUAUUGCACUGACAUUAAACAUUUGACACAA